AUGAUUGUUUACAAGUAUCCUGCAACUGGCGACCAGUCCAGGUUGUACCCAGCCUCUCGUCCAGAAUCAGCCAAUAUAGAAACUCUAGAAACUUUGGUCAAAUCAGUGGCUAUCCAGUACAAUUGUGACGUGAUGGAUCUGGGAAAGAAACACAGCACCCCCAAAGACAUCAUGCUGGAGGAGCUGUCGUUGCUGUCCAACAGAGGCUCCCGACUGUUCAAGAUGCGCCAGAGACGCUCGGAGAAGUACACGUUUGAAAGCAUACAAAAUGAGGCCAAUGCGCAACUGAACAAUGAUAUUCUGGCCCAGAGUGCACACAUGAUUGAAAUUAAAGUGGAUGCGCCAACCAAUGAAGACACCCCAAAUCCAGAUGAGGUUGUUCCAGAUACAAACACAGAGAAGUUGAAUGCUACCUCUAUGCCCAAAUCCUACCACUCACCCUGGGAGGAGGCUAUCAGCAACGAUCCGGGCCUCGUCGAAACUUUCAAACUGAGCAUGCCCGCAAUGGACCCUCGACCAGAGCUUCCCGAGUACAAAAGCUUCAACCGGGUAGCGACCCCUUAUGGCGGCUUUGAGAAUGUGCCGCGAGGAAUCAAAUUCAAGCUUCCAGAGCUGGACCUGAACUCUCCCAAGUACCCGGAGCUCCAGGAUCCGGGAAUGAAGAGACCCACUUUCAACAGAAGCGCCCAAGGAUGGAUAUCAGAGGGCACCCACCUCAUCCUGCCCACAAUCACCCUAGAGUCCAUCCUGGUCCCCGAGUCGGAAGACCUGUGAGGAGGUCCCAUAUUGGGUUCUCCCCACACAACGGACGACGGAAUGUUUCACUCAACUAUCCCUCAGAUGAUUAGUGUGUUUGUGCUCUACAUUGGGAUAAACGUCAUGUAAAUAGAGAAUGGCAUGUGUUGCAAAUGAUCCUAUGAUAGUUUCCAGAGGUUCUGAACAUGUGAUGUAAAUAAAGAAGACAACUUGUUUGUGGAUGUCACAAAUGUGACAAAUGUGAAGAGCAAGGGUGUGAAGAAAGAUAAACCAUAUUUCCUCAAA